AAAACGAAUCGACCUUUUUCUUCUUUUUAAUCUCUAAUUCUGUUCGAGUUGGUCACAGUCCGAGUGGUGGCAAUGUCGACGGUGAGCAUUGAGCCUCUUCUCCACCACCACUGUCGCCGGGGAAACUCCCGGCACCGUUCAACGCCUCAGCUCAUCCACCUCAGCUCCUCCUUGAGUGUCUUUCCGAAAAAGGUCGAGUUUCGUUGCCGGAGCUUGUGCAACUUCCGGCAUCCCACUGCUCUCACUCUCAGAGCUUCUUCUACUGACACCGCCGUAGCUGCGACCACCGCGCCUUUCUUCAAGGAAACAUUUCCUCUUGAGCUAACUGAACUGGUGGAGGGAAAGAUCUUUGUGAGAUUAGAUCACGGGAAGAAGGCUCGGAAUUGGAUUCUCACUGUUGGUUGUACUCUUCCCGGAAAGUGGAUUCUGCACUGGGGAGUUUCACAUGUUGAUGACGUAGGCAGUGAAUGGGAUCAACCUCCUGAUGAAAUGAGGCCACCUGGUUCAAUUCCAAUUAAGGACUAUGCAAUAGAAACACCCUUGAAGAAAUCAGCAUCAUCUGUUGGAGAUGAUACCUCUCAGGAAGUGAAGAUUGAUUUUCAUCUUGACGGUGCAAUUGCAGCCAUAAAUUUCGUUCUGAAGGAUGAAGAAACUGGCACUUGGUAUCAGUACAAAGGAAGAGAUUUCAAAGUGCCUCUUGUGGGCUACCUGCAAGAAUAUGGCAAUGUUGUUGGAGCAAAAAAGGGAGUGGGGAUAUUGCCAGGAGCUUUGGGGAAGUUAUCCAACUUAUUUUUCAAGGCAGAAUCAUCAAACUCCCAAGAUAAAAAUAGCAGUAGUGAAUCCAGAGGAACUAAAGAGGAAACUAGGUCUCUAGAAGGGUUCUACGAAGAACUACCUAUCGCAAAACAAAUUGCUGUAGUGAAUUCAGUAACUGUUUCUGUCAGGAAGUGCCCUGAGACAGCUAAGAAUCUUCUAUAUUUGGAAACGGAUUUACCUGAUCAUGUUGUUGUUCAUUGGGGAGUUUGCAAAGAUGAUGCUAAAAGAUGGGAAAUUCCAGCAGCCCCACAUCCGCCAGAAACAGUAGUGUUCAAGGAUAAGGCUUUGCGAACUCGACUGCAGCAAAAAGAGGGAGCAAAUGGACGUUGGGCAUUGUUUACUUUAGAUGAAGGAACCGCAGGAUUUCUUUUUGUUUUCAAGCUAAGUGAAAGUACAUGGUUGAAAUGUAAGGGCAAUGACUUCUACAUCCCCCUUUCAAGCGCAAAUAAUUCACCUGCUGCAGCAAAAGAGGAUCAAUCUGAAGGUGCUAAUGUAGAUGAGAGAAGUGCAGAAGAAAUAGAUGAAAGUUCUUUUACUGAAUAUACCAAUGGAAUAAUAAAUGAAAUAAGGACCCUGGUGAGUGGCAUUUCCUCUGAGAAGAGUCGAAAGACAAAAUCCAAAGAAGCGCAAGAAAGCAUUCUUCAAGAAAUAGAAAAAUUGGCUGCUGAAGCCUAUAGUAUCUUCAGAAGCACUGUUCCCACAUUUACUGAGGAAGCUAUUUCAGAAACUGAAGAAUUACCACCCUCUGUGAAAAUAACCUCAGGGACAGGCACGGGGUUUGAAAUAUUGUGCCAAGGUUUUAAUUGGGAAUCUCAUAAAUCUGGAAGAUGGUACAUGGAGCUCAAAGAUAAAGCUGCUGAAUUAUCUUCACUAGGUUUCACUGUGAUUUGGUUACCACCGCCUACAGAUUCUGUGUCACCUGAAGGGUACAUGCCGACGGAUUUGUAUAAUCUGAACUGCAGAUAUGGCACGAUGGAUGAACUGAAGGAGACUGUGAAGGCAUUCCAUAAAGUUGGUAUCAAAGUACUUGGAGAUGUUGUUCUAAAUCACCGCUGUGCGCAGUAUCAGAAUAGCAAUGGUGUAUGGAAUAUAUUUGGUGGUCGUUUAAAUUGGGAUGAUCGUGCAGUUGUUGCAGAUGAUCCGCAUUUUCAGGGUAGGGGCAACAAAAGUAGUGGAGAUAAUUUUCAUGCUGCACCAAACAUUGAUCAUUCACAAGAGUUUGUGAGGAAGGAUAUCAAAGAAUGGUUAUGCUGGCUAAGGCAAGAAAUUGGGUAUGAUGGAUGGAGGCUUGAUUUUGUUCGAGGAUUUUGGGGUGGUUAUGUUAAGUACUACAUGGAUGCUAGCGAGCCAUACUUUGCUGUUGGUGAGUUUUGGGAUUCCCUAAGUUAUACGUAUGGUGAGAUGGAUCACAAUCAAGAUGCACAUAGGCAGAGAAUUAUUGAUUGGAUUAAUGCUACUAGUGGAGCCGCUGGUGCUUUUGAUGUAACAACAAAAGGCAUCCUUCAUGCUGCGUUGGAAAGAUGUGAGUAUUGGCGAUUAUCGGAUCAGAAGGGAAAACCUCCUGGGGUUGUUGGAUGGUGGCCAUCUCGUGCUGUUACCUUCAUAGAGAAUCACGAUACUGGUUCUACUCAGGGUCACUGGAGGUUUCCACAUGACAAGGAAAUUCAAGGAUAUGCAUACAUUCUGACUCAUCCAGGAACACCUGCAGUCUUCUAUGACCACAUCUUCUCACACUACAAAUCUGAAAUUGCAGGUCUAAUCUCUCUGAGAAACCGGAACACAAUCAACUGUCGGAGCAUAGUUAAAAUUACCAAAGCUGAAAGAGAUGUGUAUGCCGCUAUCAUUGAUGAAAAAGUAGCAAUGAAGAUCGGACCAGGUCACUAUGAACCCCCAAAUGAGCCUAAAAAAUGGUCCAAAAGCCUUGAGGGAAGAGACUACAAGGUCUGGGAAGCAUCUUAAAUUUUCCACUGGGAAGCAUCUCAUUAUCUGAGUAUAUAAAGUCGAAUACAGGGAGAUCAAUAAGGUUGCCUAGAUAGAAUAAUGUACUUAGUUGAAGCAAGAGGAGGAAGGACUUGCCUGAGCUGUGCAAUUGCGGCUAGUCGGCUAAUGCCAAAGUGAUGAUGAAUAAUUGAGUAUCAGGUGGAAAGGCGGUUUGCCAUCAUUCA